AUGAAAUGACAUUUUGGGAUUUAACAGUCAAAGCAGCUGAACUCUGAUUAGAACCUGGCAAAAUUCAAUUCGUAGAUUGAUAUAUGUGAAUGAAAAAUGUGUUUUUCAGCAGCUUUGGCACUUCCAUCAAUUCCCAAUCUCGAGCUUUCUUCUUCCAAUUCUACCUCUAAUUGGAGUGGAAAGGACGAAGAUCCAAAUAAGAGUCAAGCGGUGAAAUUGUCAUUACCAGCUUAUAAAUGGCGCUUUGUUAUUGCUUACGACGGUACCAGAUUUUCAGGAUGGCAGUAUCAGCAGUCAACACCUACUAUACAGUGCAUUCUGGAAGAAGCUCUGACUACAAUAACAAAAUUAAACCGCAAAGAUCUUUGCUCAGUUGGUGCAAGUCGAACAGAUGCAGGCGUUCAUGCAUUGGGUCAGGUGGGACACUUCAUUACGCCUUUCAACUAUGAAACGCUAGAAGGCGUUCACCAAGCUUUAAAUGGUCUUCUUCCUUCUGAUAUCCGAGUUAGAGAAAUCAGCCCUGCGGUGCCUGAAUUUCAUGCUCGUUUCUCUGUCACAAGCAAGAUUUAUUGCUACCAAGUGUAUAAUUCCACUAUCAUGGACCCAUUUACGAGGCACUAUGCUUACCAUAGCACAUAUAAACUCGACGCUGCUGUCAUGAGAGUGGCUGCAGGGCAUUUUUUGGGGAAACAUGACUUUUCUGCCUUUGCCAAUACAUCACGAAAUGACCGAGUGCCAAAUCCAGUGAAGACAAUUUUUCGAUUUGAUGUUGUUGAAAAGGGACCUCUUUUACGGCUUGAAGUUGAAGGAUCUGGUUUCCUAUAUAGACAAGUUCGGAACAUGGUUGCCUUGCUGCUUCAAGUUGGAAGACAAGCAGUUCCACCUGAUAUUGUUGUUAGGAUUUUGGAAUCUCGUGAUAGGAAGGAACUUGCGAAGUAUGCCUUGCAAGUUCCACCUCACGGCCUUUGUCUCGAGACUAUCAACUAUAAUGAAGAACAUCUCAGACUUCCAACAGAUUCCCCUGCAAGUAGUUUUGGUAGGCACCAUAGUAUAAGCUAUUGUAAGGUGCCAUUCAUAUGACUAGUUGAUAAUUUAAAAAUGAAAGCAUGUAGAAUGAAUUCUGCCCUUUUUAACACAUUCAUAAAAAGCAUUUGCUGUCUUGGUAGCCAUUGUUUGAAUGCAUGGCAAGAGUGAUAAUCACUCAUACUAUCUCGCUUUGCAUGUGUCUUGCUAUGUUCGUGGUGGAGGUCUUGCCCGUGCUUAGGAUCGUGUGAUUUAUGGUAGUUAUUAUUCCAUAAGCAUAUCUGUGUGAUUGUCAUUUGCUGCAUUGAGUGAAGAUUUCAUUAGGAUCUGGUGUGAUUUCCUGUUUCGGGGUUCAAAUUGGUUGAAUUCUGGACCUUCUUUUGGGAGACUAGUGCCCUUCCCUCCAGACAGAAGUAGUUAAAUCCCAUGCUGAAAAGGAUAUAGUUUUGCAGAGGAGAGUAUUGUAAUUUGAUGGGGUUGUAAUUCUCUUGAGUCAUGGCCACUCUUGUAUCAGAGUUUUGUUGCUUGAAUUGCUGUAAAAGGCUCAUCUUAA